AUGCUGUCCCUGGGCUGUGCGGACCCCUGGCCUGAGGGUUCGGUGGGUCUGGAGGAGGAGGUGGUGACGGCGGCGGCGCAGGCGGAGGAGCGGGACAGCGGCACCCAGUACCCCCCCGGGGACACCCCCAGGGAGCCCCCGGCCCCCCCCGGCAGCUGCUACAGCUCCGUGAGCCUGGACGACAGCCUGACCAGCCUGCAGUGGCUGCAGGAGUUCUCCAUCCUCGGCGCUAACGUCCCUCAUCCUCCGCAGCCGCCGCUGUUCGGGCCGCGGCAUCCGGGCUCCGACGCCCCGUCCUCCCCCCUGGCCGGGGACCCCGCCUCCAUGGGUACGCCCCUGACCCCGGGGAAGCCCACGGCGGCGGCCUACAGUCGGAUGCAGUUGUCUCUGCCGGGCAUCGUGGCCCACGGACACUGUCCGGACGACGUGGAUUAUAAAACCAACGCGCGCAUCAAACCCCCGUAUUCUUACGCCACCCUGAUCUGCAUGGCCAUGCAGGCCAGCAAGAAGAGCAAGAUCACACUGUCCUGCAUCUACAAGUGGAUCACAGACAACUUCUGCUACUACCGACACGCGGACCCCACCUGGCAGAACUCCAUCCGACACAAUCUGUCCCUCAACAAGUGCUUCAUCAAAGUCCCGCGGCAGAAGGACGAACCAGGGAAGGGGGGUUUCUGGAAGAUCGACCCCCAGUACGCCGAGCGCCUCCUAAGCGGCGCCUAUAAGAAGAGGCAGAUGCCGCCGGUCCAGAUCAACCCAGCCCUGCAGAACCGGCUCCAGGUCAACCUCCCACCGCCGUCCAGAGGCCCCUGUAGCCCCACGGGGGCUCAGACCACCCUGUGCAUCAACCAAGAGUCCCAGCGGCUCCUCAGGGAGUUCGAGGAGGCCACAGGGGCCGACCAGAACUGGGACCCUCAUCUGGCGGAGGGGACCAUGCUGGGGUCCUGGCCUGUGGUCCGAGGACGGAAUGGGCUCAAGAGGAAACAGUCGCUGACAUCCAGAAGCAACACCAAAGCCUCUCGGCGGUCCAGCUCCCCACUACUGUCGGCGGACGAACAGAAGGAGCUGGGACCGCUGAAGGGGGACUUCGACUGGGACGCCCUGCUGGACUCAGCCCUCAGCGGGGAGCUCAGUCUGGAGGGUGGGGGGCCGCUGAGCCCCAUCAUGAAGGAUGAGGACCUGACAGUGAGGGGGACCCACAUCUCCCCUGUUGAAGCCCCGGCUGGGACCCCGGACCUCCACGUGUUGGUGGAGACCCAACGGAACAAUGACGUGUCUGACUUUGACGAGGAGACGUUCCUGGCUACGGCGUUCCUGGAGAGUCCGUGGCCCGAGGACGAGGAACAAGGACGGAACGACUUCCUCUGUAGCUCCACCGUCAACCUGGACCAGCUGUUCGACCUCGGAGACUCUUUAAAUGGGGACCCCAGCACCCGGAUUGACACCCUUCUCUGAGGAAUAGUUGCAAAAGAAACACUAACGGCCCUCAGACUGAAUGCGAACUCCACAUGUUUAAGGUGUUUUUACAUUUCGAUGCUAAUUCAUGACGGAAACACGUACCUGUUGAACACAGAUGCCACAUCACUGUCAUCAACUGUCUCAUGAUUGAAUGACUUCAGACAAACGCUGGAGUUCAGAAGCAAUGUGACGUGCGUUUACAUCUGAAGAACAUGUUCUCCUUGUGGUGGUUG